AAAUCCCUCCACAACAACAAACGAAACAGAGUCAUUCAGUGCAGCUUUUGCCAAGCUAUCAGCUACAGAAUUACGCUCUCGCGAGAUCCAAACAAAACAAACAAAGUCAAAUUCAAAUGCAAUAGAGAGGAUGUCAGAGACGAUCCCAUAGAGUCCAGCUUCACUCGAACCCGAGUUAAGAGCCUUGACCAACGCCGCGGAGUCUGAUUCAAAGCGAAUCGAUUUCAAACCAUUUCUUCUGCACAUAAGAGCAGCUUCUCUCAUGGCUAAACCCUCAGCCAUAAGCGGUGAAUCGACAAACUCCUUUUGCUCCUUAAACUGCAUAGACUGGUUAUUUGAGCAGAGUACCCAUCCAAGUCCAGUGACAUUCCUUUGUAUCGACCAAGCUGCAUUCGAUCAGAUUGUUAUCGUGUUCUCCGGCGAGGAAGUCUCCUCUGUCAGGUCACGGUGACAUCAGAGCAAUCCACUGUUCAUCAACAGUCCUCUUGAGAAAAUUCAAUGACGAUUUGUCAAAUUUGUUGACCAUAAAGAGAUUAAAGUCAGUUUCCGAAAAACUAUAUCUUUAAAGAUUCGAGGCUUUUAUUUUCGGACAUUCAAACAUAUUAUAUGUAAAAAAAAUCAAAAUGGUCAACUUAUUUGUAGCCUUCUGGUUUGUGCUCAUAAGCUCUGUCUCUGCAAGUAACUGCCUUAACAGAUCUGGCUUCUUCGCACCCGAUGGUACUUACGACUUAAACCGCCGAGUAAUGCUCUCUUCCCUUCUUUCUAACGUCACAGCUAGUGAUGGCUACUAUACGACGUCGGCUAUCGGACAAGAUCCGAACAGAGUAUACGGUUUAGGGAUGUGUGUCCCAGGUACUGAAGCACGAUCUUGUUCUGAUUGUAUCAUGGCUGCCUCUAAUGGGUUGGUGCAGAAUUGUACUACUCAGAUAGAAGCUAUAGACUGGAGGAUGCAUAGCAAUACACUUUGUCUUGUACGUUACUCGAACCGCUCGUUUUACGGAUCGCUCGAUAUGCAAAUUUUACGGUAUGAGUACAAUACCAGAGAUAUUCAACCUAACGUGACGGAGUUCGACAUGACAUGGGAGGCUUUGAUGAAUGGUUUAAUAGAAGAUGUUCAUGUUUUGUACUACGCUGCUAGAACACAAACGGUUGAGUCUACCAAUACCAACCUUUACGGUUUUGUGCAAUGCAGCAGAGACUUAUCUCUUCAGAACUGCACCCGGUGUUUACAACAGAACGUGAUUGAUUAUAGAUCAUGUUGCCCUGGGAGCCAGGGAGGCAUUGUUUCGAGGCCUAGUUGUUUCGUUCGAUGGGAGAUUGAUCCGUUCUUGGGAUUUUUCGAUAGCAGUCCUCCUCGUGAAAAGGAUAAGAAAAGUGUUUCUACAAGAACUAUUGUGGCAAUUGUCAUUGUUCCUAUCAUAUUGAUUGCUCUAGGAUUUGCUAUUUGGAGGAGGAAAAAAUCGUACAAAGCAUUUACAACUGAAAAUAGUUAUUUCUCUGCUGCAAAGAGAUUAAACAAGACCUAUGAUACUGCACCUCCAGAUAACGCUGGGGAUGAUAUUUCAACUUCAGGAUCACUUCAGUUCGAUUUUAAAGCUAUCGAAGCUGCCACAAGUAAUUUUCAUAAUACUAACAAGCUUGGUCAUGGUGGAUUUGGUGAAGUUUACAAGGGGACGUUUCCGAAUGGAACAGAGAUUGCUGUAAAGAGACUAUCUAAAACUUCAGGACAAGGUGAAAGGGAAUUCAAGAACGAGGUGCUUCUUGUAGCUAAACUUCAACAUAGAAAUCUUGUUAGGCUUCUUGGGUUUUGUGUUGAAGGAGAGGAAAAGAUAUUAGUCUACGAGUUUCUGCCAAACAAGAGUCUUAACUACUUCCUCUUUGGUGACUCAACAAAGAGGAGGCAAUUGGAUUGGACAAGACGUUACAAGAUCAUCGGAGGGAUUACUCGAGGGGUUUUGUAUCUUCAUCAAGAUUCGCGGUUGACAAUCAUACACCGUGAUCUCAAAGCCAGCAAUAUUCUAUUAGAUGCGGAUAUGAACCCGAAAAUUGCUGAUUUUGGUAUGGCUAGGAAUUUCAGAGUGGACCAAACAGAAGAUAACACAGGAAGAGUAGUUGGAACGUUCGGUUACAUGCCACCCGAAUAUGUAGCGAAUGGGCAGUUCUCGACGAAGUCAGAUGUGUAUAGCUUUGGUGUAUUGAUUCUGGAAAUUAUUGGUGGAAGAAAGAAUAGUAGCUUCAACGAGACAGACGGCUCAAUAAGCAACUUGGUCACAUAUGUAUGGAGGCUUUGGAACAGUGAUUCAUUUUUGGAACUCGUCGAUCCGGUCAUUGGAGAUAACUAUGAUAAGUAUGAAGUCAUUAGAUGCGUCCAUAUUGGGUUAUUAUGCGUCCAAGAAAAUCCAACAGCUCGUCCAACUAUGUUGACAAUAUUUCAGAUGCUCACUAAUACUUCAAUUACUCUGCCUGUGCCUCAACCUCCUGGCUUUUUCUUCAGAAUCAGAUCAGAGAAAAACCCUUUACCUGAGAGUUUGCAGCCUGAUCCGUCCACUAGCAUGUCCAAUGAUGUGACGAUCACGUGUGUUAGCCCUCGUUGAAGGCCAGACUAUUUUUUUAAAAGACUUAAACAAACGAAGAGCUCUGUGAUAAUUUCAUCUUCUUGAUAAUCUUUUUUUUUUCUUCUUGAUAAUCUUAACUGUUUAUCCUAAUCUGAAGAACUGUAUCAGUGACUUAAAAAUCAAAGCGUGCACAUUCAUUGCU